ACCUGGUUUGUUUUGAAUGCAGCAAGCAACAUGACAUUGUUUCAAAAUGCUCAUGAUUCACUUGUGACUUGUGAUCAAACAUUAUUCAACCUGACUGUACAUGAAAUAUACCACAGAAGAGACUAGCCCGUGCAAAAGAAGAACUAUGGUGCUUUUGUUGUAGUUUAAUCUAAGGUGUUUGUGUACAUUUAGAGUCUGAUGGUGUGGUUUGAGAAGAUCCCAGCCCUGUGGGUUUGACCAUCACAAGCCCAUCCCACAUGGGCGUGGCUUCUCCGUUUUACUGUGAGGGUUCACUUCAGUAAAUAGACAGAAGAACAACUUGCUCUCUCUGCGCAGCAGACAAGAGAGAGUGAGCCUCGGCGAGGAAGUGCACUUAAGAAUAAGACACCGAGACAAAAGAGACCAUUCAAAACAACCCUGUGGACAUUUUUCACAUAGGAUCUUAUCUGACAGCUGCUCUAAGCGAAACAAACACAUCGAGAGAUUUCAAGUCAUCGAUUUGUCUGCUGUUGGAACUGUGCUUUACUAUUUCCACUUUUUUUAAUCUCUGGAUAUUUCGAAAUUUACACUUCGUUUUGUUGUCUAUCGCUAAGAUGAUGCGUUAACGCGAGUUUGCCGCAGCGGAUAUGUCUGACACGUCCAGAGAGCAAACGCUGGCUAACGGCCCGGCCUCGCGGGGAGGCGGAGAGAGAGCCGGUGGCGGAGCUGUCUUGCGCACCGAACACUUUGACUUCCCUCAGCCGAGCGAUGGGGACCCGUUAAGGGGAGGGAAUGCCAUGUCGAAUAGUCACCAGUCGAGGUCACCGAUGUCCCGAUCCUUCUCCAGGUCCUCUAGUGGCUAUUUUUCCGUCGACAGCGAUUCUGUGCCAAGUUCCCCGUUUAUGCCCAAUAUUUCCGAAGCGCAAGACGACCAAAAUGAUGAGGUAUGGUUUGACGAACCUAGCCACCAGCACUUGCAGAUGGCAGCACCUGUGGAAGCCAUGGGGCCGGAGAUGGCGGUCGCUCAGGAGCUGCGGCGCAUUGGAGACGAGUUCAACCGUCUGUACUGUCUGGGGAGUGUGUUUCCUCACGAGUUCCUGCCAGUCUCCUGGGGGAAAUGCUCUCGCUGUUUAUCGCAGUCAUUCAGCACGCUGGGUGAACGCAGCGCAGAGCUGCAGGCCAGAAAGAGGCCACCUGGUUCAGGCCGGUGCAGGCGGGAACGAUGCUCCCAACGAACACGCCAUCAUCGUGUGGAUGAAUGACCUUAUUGGACGUGUAGUACAGUUUUUCCUGCGAAGGAGAUGAUUGACACAUUGAACACCCAGCAGACGCGUAGCAGACAUGUAGCAUCAUACAUCACCCCCCCAACCUGACUGUAAAUAUGUACAUAUUGAGGAAUAACAGCAGUGCUGCUCUUCCGCAACCUCUCCGGGUUUCGGCGUACAGUUUUGGACCUGUCGGGAUAUGUGCAGACCUGGACGGAUACAUAAAUCGGGAACCCUUGGCCAUCCAUAGACUGACUCACAGCAGAGGUUCCUGCGUUCACAUGGAAAGCUGAGCCAUUACAUGCUGUGUUGACAUGAAGGUUUUUGUUGAAGCCCAUGUGGAGUGUGGAAAACGUGCCUUCAUUGCCUGUUUGCCCUUGACACAUCUCUCUUUUUUGUCUUUACCCUGUCUUUUUCUUUAUUGCUUUCAUAUUUAUUUCCACUGUAUUUAAUUUGUACAUUUUGUGCAUAAUUUCAUGAACGUGGACGUUAGUUGAUCAAGCGAUGAUGUUAGUGUUUCUGCCUGUCCCUCAUGUGUUCAUUGGCUCCAAGUUUGCACUUGCGAUUGGUUUGAAUAGUCUAUACAAAUACAAACCCCAAAACAGAAAAUGAAGUUAGAUUUUAAUAAAAUUGCAAUUGAAGACAUGACCGAAACCAUCAACAAUAUAUAGAAAUUUGACACAUAACAUUUGAAUGAUGAUUUACCUUUAGUCCGUCUUUUUCUUGGAUUUUACAUCGGAAGUGCAUUCUCACUUUGAAGCCAGAUAAUUAAAGUCUUUUUCACAUGACUCACGUCAAUCCCAAUACAUCGGGAAACUUUGAAGCACCGAGCUAUACCUUUGUUAUAAAUAGGAGGGACAUGAAUAUUAAUUAGGUUAUAUGAUGUUCACGCAGUAGUCUGUAUACUGAUAUAUUGAAAUUCGUAUUAGUAUUGGUUAAAGUAUGGCUGCCACUUUCCAUUUUAGUGUGUUGCUGAUGCAACCAUUUGGAAGAAACUUCUGCUACAGAUUUGCACUGGAGCCAAGGAAAAUUGACAAAAAGAAUAAUUACUUCCCAAAAGAUCCCAUCCUUAAGGUGACUCUUUAAGUUUUGUGGCAAAAAUCCAGUCAUUUCAAUAGGAAUCCACACAACUGAGAGUUUUGCAUCAGGGCGAAAAAGUAUGAAGCGAAAU